UUGAGAGCGCCGCAUCCAAAAGAACCACACGAUCAGCUUUCUUCCUCUCGCCAUCGACCUUCCUCGAAGCCAUGGCGCCUCGCAGCCGCCUCCUCGACCUGGAGACAGACGACGCGCUCUUCUUCUACGACGGCGCCUGCCACUACAGUGACCGCGUCGGCGUGGCCGCCCGCGCUGUCGUCUUCCUCGCCGCCGCCCUGCUCCUCCACCUCGUCGCCCCAUUCCGGCACGCCGCCGCCGCCUGCGGGGGCCUCUACGGCGCCUACUGCUUUCUCAUCGACCACACCACGCGGCGGGCACGCUCGCGGUCUUCCUCUUCCGCUGGACCGCUCCCUCGCGCCACUACUCGGCGCGUGAUGGCCAGCUGCGGUGGAGCAGGAAUCGUGUGUUCGAAAUGAUCGUCAGGAUUCGCGCGCCAUUUCUCUUGCCUCUUGGAUGGAGAAGGAUCAAGGGUGUUUGCUGGAUGCUUGCCAUUAGCUCCAACAAUAAACACCUUCCGAAUUAGCGAGAACCACAAAAGGGUUCUUUUUUUUUUCCUUUUUGAAACCAUACUAGUAAAAGGGUCCGCUCGGCUAAUUACACGAUUGCUACGUGUAAAAUUACAUAAGGGAGUGAGGGAUGGUCAAUAAUGUGAUAUGUAGACACGUAAUCAGCUUGGAAAAUAACUACUUUAUUCUUUCUUUUAAGGAAAGAAAAGGACUUGACUCAA